UUCGGAAAGCAUUUAUGUCUAUUAAAGCCUGCUCCCCCACACACGCACACAGAAGAAGCACGACGAGAAGGCGAAGGCGAAGGCGAAGGCGAAGGCGAAGGCGAAGGCGAAGGCAAGGCGACGAUGGUGGUUCACACUGCCGAUGUGUUUUGGUUUUCCAGCGUUGCUUUAAUGGAGGAGAUGCAGGCGCUGCCACCGUCGCACGGGUCAUCGGUCCCGGUGGUGAUCAAGCUCCAGUACUCCGCGCUGCACUUCUUCAGAGGGGGAGUCACGGUGGCGCCACCCUCCCCCUGCCGCUACUUCCAGUUCGAGCUCAGCGAGUUCCUCCACCAAGAAUCUCGCCGUCGCGUCGUCUCCUUACUCCUCUCCCAUAUAAACGUAUACGGUGGAGAUUUCUCCGUAGCUCAGUUCGUGGAGGAGGAUUUCAUCUCCUUAUCCGACGACCUAGUCGAGCUCGCCUUGGGCUCGGGCAGAGGGAUCGAGAUGGAGAUCGACGCAUUGUCCAUCAACGUCUGGGGCGAGGAGGAACAUUCUUUCGACUACGGCCUCGGCGGGGACGGGCGGUUUGGCGGCGUGCCAGCCUCGUCGGAUUCGAUCGCGAAGCUGCAGGCGCUGAGGUACGAGGAUGGAGGAGGCGACGUUCGAGAGAGCAGCUGCAUGAUAUGCUUCGAGGAGUUCGAAGGGGGAAUGGAGGUGACGCGAAUGCCGUGCAUGCACGUCUUCCAUGGCGACUGUCUCACCAGAUGGCUGGAGAGCAGUCGUCUCUGUCCUCUAUGCAGGCACCAGCUGCCGCCUGCGUCAGCUGAUUCCUGA